AGCCUGUGUACAGUGCAGUUGGAAUGACUCGAUUUGCAGCCUGCUUUACCCGCAUAUGCGCGGUGUUGACAGCAGGUCCACUACGUGGUCCAGGUAUACUUGAUCUAACAGCUAUGCCAAUUGAUGGUCCUGUAAUGUUCAGUGGUUCAUGGGGUCGCGAAUGGUGGCUUUCCGGAAAACGUGUUGUCCAUGAAGAUGGCAUUACAGAUGAGGGUUUCAGUGCAUUGCAGCGUUUGGAUGAUGAGAUGAAAGAUUUGCUGCAUUCCUCUGAUUAUGCUCCAUUUGCAUUUGUUGGAAGUGGCGUGCAACGAAAAGUAGAUCGAUUAACAUUAGGUGUCCAAACCGUUUGCCAUCACGUAACUUCCGAAUUGUCUAACAGAUAUCAAAUGGCUGUGAAAGAACGGAUGCAUCGCGUGGAUCCUAAUAGUCAGAUUUUGGCAUUUGAUCCAUCCACAGAACUAGAAGUUGAAGUAGUUGCACACAGUUCGGGAAUAAUAUGGAAUAAAGGCGAUGGAGUUGAACGUUUGAUAAAAGGUUUGGGUGAUUCGCUGAAAGCACCGGGAAAGAUUUUAAUUUGCGGGGAUACUUUAUCGGACAUUCCUAUGGUUCGACAAGCAGCAAAGCAAAAUCCGGAUGGUGUACUGACGAUAUUUGUUGGUGCGAAAAUGUCUUUACGUGAAGAAGUGAAGCAAGUCGUUGGUGACGAGAGUCGUUGUUGUUUUGUGUCAUGUCCAGAUAUCAUACAUGCGGCAAUGUUGCAGAUUCUGAACGAGAAGUGUAUCGGCUAAUGAAGUGUCUGGAGAUUUAGGAAAGGAUAAUGAAAUAACUUGUGAAACAUGAACUUGUCUUCUUCGUUUUCAUCAGUUUCUUCCACAAGGAGUUAUGGAAUUAUUCGAUUUAGUGAAUUGGAGAAUGAAUUAAAGAAAGGGUGUUCCAGAAAUAUUUUUGGAUAUUUCCAGUUUGCUGACUUUUUUUUGUAUUCGAAGAUUCAAACGUUUCUGUACAAAUCUGAAGUUGUAAUAACAAGUUUGCAGUUUAUUAAGAUAUGAAUUUCGACCAUAUGUUAUAGGUUUUUUUUUUUCUUUUUCUUUUAAUAGAAUUUAUCGGGCAUUUUUGUUUCCGAAAUCCUCGUCCACUCGACCUCGUUUCACUUCGCUUUUUGUUAGGAAUCUCACGGUACUUUAUAACAAAAAAGGAAAAAAGCUAUGUGUUUUUAUACUGAUUCACUGAGCCGAAAUUGCGUCUGAAGCGUAAGCUGAAUUAUUGCACUUUGCGUGACGAUCUUUUUUCUCUUCAGUUUAGGUUAUUAUUGUUACUAGCAUAUAGUACUUCAUGAGUUUUAUAUUUUUAGGUUAUUGUUGUUACUAACAUAUGUAGUGUUUUGAGGAUUUUUCAUGCCAUUAUUUUCCCC